AUGUGGACAAUCAACUUGGAGUUUAUGCGGCUGACAACUGUACCACUGACCUCAACAUUUUUGAGGGAACUGGACCGCCUGACCGGCGACCUGAUCAGGGUUUUCAACACUAAAGGGGGAGCUGCAGGGGAAAAAAACGGAGCCAUGAUGGCAAAGAUGGAGAAUGAAGUAAAUCCAAAUGGUCCGGAGGGGCCUGAGGUGAAGGGACGGGUCCUGGCACCUAAGCGUCUCCAAUCUGCCAGCAACAAUUCUGCCCCAAACAAGAAGGAUGCAUGUUGUGGACUCUCAGCUUAUGAGCUCCAAUGCCUGAAGAACAUCGGGGAGAGGGAAGCCUUCUUGUCGUCCUUGAUGUUAUUGCAAGCAGCUGAGGAUCUGAGGCAGACUAUAAAGCCAAAGCCGGAUGUGAAGAGGUCAAAGGCUUCGUUGGAUAAAGUGCAGUCUCUUCUGUCUUCCCGGAAAUCCUUGCGUCUUAAGGAAGCACAAAACCUUAGCCUCAGAGUAGGACGAACCUAUGAACAUGCUUUUAGGGAGUCAAAGAUCUUGAGGACAUCGAAUGCAGUGAGGCCGAGGCAGAUGUCGCAGGGACAACCAUGGCAAUCUACACCGUUCAAGCUGAGGGUGAUGAUCAUGAUGGUCCUGGUGGACUCUUUGCAGAUGUCGGUAUGGUCCUGGAAGGGGUCAAAGUUCUCAACAACCUCAAAAGUAUCAACCAUGCAUGCGUAAUGCUUUAUGGGUUGAUCUAUGCUCUUAAUUUAAGCUAUCCAAAAAACUUGAAGUAUACAUUCGAAGCUUACCAGAAGAUCCUGAUGGACCUGGAAUCGUCCAAGCCUUCCCCCAAAGUACGAGCACUGAAACUCAAAUUGCUCAGGUGACUCUUUUUUUUGGGGUGGGGUGGUGAUGGGAGGAGGAAGUACACGAAGAGACCGCCCAUACAUGCUGAUAACCAUGUGUUUUAUAGUGUUCCAGUACGUUCACAACCUUGAAGAUUCACACAUCGAACACACAGAAAGAUAGAAACGGAAGGUGCUCAGUUAACUAUGUUCUACUACUAUAUGUUUAAUGUUGUUGAGCCUGUAGAGUUUGUUCUGUCCUUUCAAUAUAUCCCAUUACUGCGAUCGUUCCAGCAGAUACAGAUGUAAGGAAUGUUGUUGAGCCUGUAGUUUGUUUGUUUGUUCUAGAUCUAGAAAAAAGAGCAGGUCCUUUACUGCCAUUGUUGGAGCAGAUACUAACUUGCCUCUGUUCUAUUGAAAUUACAAAACAUGUUUCAUGAAUCAUAAAAAUAAUGCAUUAUGAUUAAAUUUAAGCUUAAUUGUUAUGUAUUUCAAAAACAUACACAUUAAUCAUCUUGAAUAGGUAACCUAAUAGAAAAAUAUUAAUGGAUAUUAAUCAUAAAAAUACAUAA